AUGGGGAGAAACAGCUUCAACAUCUGUUACACAACUGAGAACGCUGCCUACCACAUCAUCAACCUGUCAGCUGGAGCCUCUGCCGUCCGGCACCAUCUCCCCAGCCCGGCUUCUCUCCAGUCUUCUCACAAGACUUUCACAGUCAAGAGAUUCCUGACCAAGAAACAAAAGCAAAAUCAUGCUAUUCCUCAAUGGAUUCCAGUGAAAACUGGUAACAAACUCAGGUACAACUCUGAGAGAAGACACCAGAGGAGGACGAAGCUGGGUCUGUAA